AUGGGAGCCUCGGUCUGUCAUGGAGAUUCCUUCUGUGGCCUGGGAGGUUCUUCAGUGCAGCACAAUGAAAUGAGACCCAGAUCUUCACGGAAAGACCAGUACGACACGUCUGGAACUCCCAAGGGCGCUGGAGCCAACGAAACGGAUGGUGCAGACAUGGUGCCUAGUUCUGUUCGCUUGAAGGAUGAGAAGAUCCUUGGAUGCGUUGAGCGGAUUUUCCAGUGGUGGGUGCCAAGGGACUUAGCCGUGACCCUGGUGGAUGGCGGGUGA